AUGGCUCCCAAACGCCCCACCGCGGCUCAUUUUAUGAAGUCAAACCCCAACGUCGACUCGAAGACGCCCACCAACAAGUCCAUCCCUGUGCAGGGUCAUACUCACUUUUCAAAGAAGAGCAAGGUUGAUGAUGUUCUGAACCCGUCGCCGACCAACCGUUCUUCGAACUUUGUCGAAGGCGUCGUCUCCAAGUAUAAAAGCACCCGUGGCGUUGGCAACACCAACAACACCACCCCCGCUCCCGACAUUUCUUCCGCCGCGAAGAACGAUGUGAUUACUGGCAGCAAUGAGAGACCCAGCAUCACUCGCACCAAGAACGCUUAUGUCAUCAAUAAUAAGUCUGGAACUAUACACGCGUUACCGAUCAAGAGAGUCCCCAAGGCCAAGGCUGUGGGUGACGCUGCUAAGGACAAGAACACCAUCACUUCGGGUGUCACUAAGGACAGAGUUGUCAUCAAGCGCAACGCUGUCAUCAAGGACAAAGUGGUCACCAAGGGCAAUGCUGUCACCCAAGAGAAUGCUAUCACCAAGGAAGAGGUCCGUGGUCGCCGCCGCCCGGUUCAGCCUUUCACCACCAAGGACACGACUACUGAAAAUUCCCGCCGUCGUCGCUCCGACUCCGUUACCAAGAGCCGCUCCAUCUCCCCUGCACGCCCGCCCAAGGACGCCACCGUUACCUCCAAGCCCACCAACGCUCCUAUGAACAGUGAAACUGCCGACCUAAGCAGGUGGAAUUUCGCGUACCUGUACAUAGGGCCCUCGGCUCUGCCGGGGUGCAACACCCAGUGCGUCUGGGGAGGUGACUACUAG